CCCGAAUGCUAGUCUUUCAACACCAAAAUGCUUGAUGCAGCGCGCUGUCUAAUUCGUGGAUCUAUCAACAUUGACGAAUUCUUUCAUGUGAAAGAUAUCGUACACCCAGGCGAAACCAUAUCAUCCGACAAUUUGGAAAAGAGAGCUGGAGGCAAGGGCGCCAACCAGGCUGUUGCGGUUGCCCAAGCUGGAGGACAAGUCGAUCUUGUAGGGGCCGUUGGUAGCGAUGGUAUUUGGGUAAAAUCUCAAUUGGAAAAGGCUGGUGUAGACGUGGGCGGCGUACUCGUAACAGAGGAAUCGACUGGAAGGGCUGUAAUACAGCUCACGAGCAAAGGAGAGAACAGCAUCAUUCUCUAUAAAGGCGCCAAUUUUUCAAGCAUUCCUCCACGACCCAUGAAUCCAAGGACCACUCAUCUUCUUCUUCAAAACGAGAUCCCUUUCUCAGACACUCUAGCCCAGAUAGCUGCCGCCAACAACCCUUCUCUUUCAAAGCCCCUCUCAACCAUCUUCAACCCGUCACCUAUGCCUUCCAAGGCUCAGCUUCUACAAUUUCCUUGGGAUAAACUCACCUGGUUAAUUGUCAACGAAGGAGAAGCCUCCGAUCUAGUCGACAUUCUCCUUCCUUCCCCCACUUCUCCUGUAUCUAGUAAUGAAAGCUACGCAUCUCUAUCUGCCUCUCCCAGCAUCCUUCAGUUACCAGACGUGCAGAAGGUCCAAUGAAUGAUGCAAGAGGGCGGGGUGCUGGUAGUGUCGAAAUCAAGGAUGCUGUCAGCUGGUAACUCUCCUCUUUUUAUCACCAAACUUCAUGACUAUUCCACUUUUUGCGGAAGAUGAGGUCUCCUUUGCAUGAAUAGCAAGAACAGGGUACUAAAGACUAAAAAGUAAUGAAAGAGAACAAUGCUAAUAGGAGAAACCAACUCACCAUUUAAUAAUACAAUGAGAUACUAGAACA